GGGUUAACCACCAAUUAUAUCCCCGGAUUUUUUAAACGCUGACAAUAAUGCCCCUCACUUUUAUUAUCGACAAAAAUAUCGUUGGAUAAUUUAAAAACGUGCACCAAAUGCCCGUCCGGCAAGUGAUGCCUUCUCUAUUGACGGAAGUGUGUGAUGUGGCAAAUGGAAAAGCUUGUGUGGCAAAUGGAAAGCUUACCUGGACCCGUUUUCAAAUUUUCUAAUUCAAUUACCCUAAUUUCCAAUUGCAAAAUGAAAACGUGAUGCAUCUGAAUAGCCGUUCAACCAUGAAUGCAGUAGGUAUGAUGAAGCGAAGGUCUGCAUCAAUGGUAGAAGGCGGCAACGAUAGGUGCGAAGACUCUGGUUCGAAGCAGUAUGACGGUAUGUGUCGCUGUUCUCUUGCUGUUGUUGCUCUGAGAUCGAAGAUGAAUGCUAACCCAGGGAGGUGGUUCCUUCGGUGCCCACUAUGGAAGAAUAAAAACCAGGAUUGCAAAUAUUUUCAAUGGAUUGAUGAAUUGGAAGAGCAAGACAUGGUUGAAGAGGUAGAAUGUUCUUGGAACCACAAACCCAGACUAUCUUCAGGUGGAAAACUCAAACAGAAGAGCACUAGGAAGCUGUCCGAAUCAGUGGAGUAUGAGGACAUAGACCCCAUGGUGCUACCUGUUCUUACAAAAGAAUUGAAGGAGAAAUUAAGGAGGAUUGAAAUUCUUCUAAUCAUGAUGUGCAUUGGGGUUGCAAUUGGUGUCUUCAUCAAUUUCUUUGCUCUGUUUAAGAACUGAGUUGAACUAAUGUUAAAUAGUGGAUGAAGAGUAAAUGUGAAUGAUUAGUGUGUAUUUUUAUAACUGUGAAUGUGCCAAAUUUGGUUGAAAUAGGGAAUGACAACUCUUGUAUUGUGUUUUCAUGGAACCUGAUGUGUAUUAAGAAUGUAACAAAUUAUUCAACUAUAAAUUUGAUGAGAACCUGA